AACUCGAAAUCAAGAUUUAUAUAUAAGACGUUUAUAUCGUCGCUUAGAAGCUUCGUUUCCUGUCUGUCUCUUAGAUCUCUUUCGCUCUGCAUGUGACUGCUCUCAUUCGAAUUUCGCUUUCUUCUAAAGUUGUGGGAUUCUCUUUGACCUUCCAGCUCCCAAUCCGAAGAUCUGCCUCUGUAAGAAUAAUCCCAAUUCCCAUGUCCUAUUUUCCGAGAAAAUGCCCGCAAACUUUCCAAUAUUUUCCCGGAAAAUUUCCAUGUUCAGCUGCUGUGCUUUGCUCUAUGAUGGUUUCUAGGGUUUGCUCACGUUGAAGUUCUUGUAUGUGUUGGCUCAAUUUUUUCUUUUUUGAAAUUCUUGUAUGUAUUUGCACCUAUCAGAUCUCCAUUUCCUAGGGUUUGUAUCUGUGCAAGUAUCAGUCUUUUGAUUGUAGAGUGUGUGUACGUGUUGUUUUGUAUCUCAAUUGGGUUGAAUCUCUUAGUUUGGAGAAAGAUUUAUGUAUCCUGGGAUUUUCAUUGCUCUCUGGUGUGUUGAAUUCAAGGCUUUGUAGAGUUUAUAGGUUCAAGAUCAAAUUUUGUUGUUCGUCUCAGUAGAAUUGGAGACCCCCUUAUCUUAUAUAUCAAAAGCGAACAAACACAUUGGCUUUUUUUAUAUCUUGGAUCCUUUGGCUUAGCUUUUGAUUUUUUUAGAACGAGUUAGCAUUUUUUGGAUUUUGGUAUCUUUGAGCUAUUUGUGAGGGUAAAUUUAGGGUUUGUGUUUCUUAUAGAUGGAUAAGGACAAGUCUCCUGCCCAUGGUGGGGGUUUACCACCCCCAUCAGGCAGGUACUCAGGUUUUUUGCCUACUGGAACUCCUUUCAAUGUGAAACCCGAGCCAGCUUCAUCAUCAUUAUUUCCUCCAUUGGCCUCGGGUGCUAGUGCGGACUCAGGUCAUUUUGGUCAUGGGAUGUCUGCAGAAUCUAGUCACUUUAGUCAUGACAUUAGCCGAAUGCCAGAUAACCCACCAAGGAAAUUGGGUCAUAGACGUGCCCAUUCGGAAAUCUUGACCCUUCCAGAUGAUAUUAGCUUUGAUAGUGACCUUGGUGUUGUGGGCGGUGCCGAUGGUCCUUCAUUUUCAGAUGAGACUGAGGAAGACUUGUUUUCUAUGUACCUUGAUAUGGAAAAAUUCAAUUCAUCGUCUGCUACAUCGUCCUUUCAAUUCGGUGAGCCAUCAUCUUCUGCAGCAGCACCUGUUCCAGCAUCGAGAGCGCCCACUUCUUCUGCGGAGAAUAUUGCCAUCGGUUCUAAUGAGAGACCCAGAGUCAGGCACCAACAUAGCCAGUCGAUGGAUGGAUCAACAAGCAUCAAACCAGAGAUGCUGGUCUCCAGUUCAGAAGAUAUCUCUGCAGCUGAUUCCAAGAAAGCCCUCUCAGCUGCUAAGCUUGCAGAACUUGCCCUGAUUGAUCCAAAACGUGCGAAGAGGAUCUGGGCAAAUAGGCAGUCAGCUGCAAGGUCAAAGGAAAGGAAAAUGCGGUACAUUGCUGAGCUUGAGCAGAAAGUUCAGACCUUGCAAACAGAAGCUACUUCCUUGUCUGCUCAAUUGACUCUCUUACAGAGAGAUACAAAUGGUCUGACUGCUGAGAACAGUGAACUGAAACUGCGCUUGCAAACAAUGGAGCAACAGGUUCACUUGCAAGAUGCACUGAAUGAUGCACUGAAAGAGGAAAUUCAGCAUCUGAAAGUUCUGACUGGCCAAGCUAUGCCAAAUGGUGGGCCUAUGAUGAACUUUGCUUCUUUUGGUUCCGGCCAGCAAUUCUAUCCGAACAAUCAGGCUAUGCACACUCUUCUAACUGCACAGCAGUUUCAACAGCUCCAAAUUCAAUCUCAGAAGCAGCAGCAUCAGUUUCAGCAGCAUCAACUGCAUCAACUUCAGCAGCAACAGAUGCAGCAGCAGCAGCAACAGCAACAGCAACAACAAAGUGGGGACUUGAAAAUGGGAGGAUCCAUGACUUCUCCCAGCCAGAAAGAUAAUGCGUCAGAGGUCAACCAAUCUGUAACGAAGGAUUGUUAAGAGAAGUUUUCAACUUGUCCAAAUGUAAUGGUGGAUCAAGGUGGGUCAAGCAUUCUUCAAAAGUUGUAGUUGCACAGCUGUAUCCAGUUAGGACUCCCCUGUCUUUAUUUUGAGUCCGGAUAGAUACCCCCUUCCUUUUCAUUUUGUGUCCGGUUAGAUGAUACAUCUAGAUGAAAUUUGUUUGUAGGCUGUUCGAUAGAUAUGAUUUUAGUUCUAGAUUGAAUUAUGGUAUGGGUUAUAUAUUUCUGAUGGUAUAGAGCACCUUGUCAUUGUGUUUUUUCCCUGGUAAUUAUGAUGGAUUUAGAUUGUGCA